UAUAUGUAAUAUACAAGUUAUUUUAACAAAUAUUCCCAUGAUAUCCGGUUUUUCAAAACAUAUUUCUUUUAACAAUGUAAGGUCAACAACGCAUUAAGGUUUUUCUCUUGAAAGAACUUAUACACAUGUAAUAAAUCUGAAUUCUUAAUUCAGUUUUAAGGACAGGUUUCACUUUUACGAAGAUGACGACUGGAUUUAUUCAACUCCCAAACACAGCGUCAACCGGAAAUGACGACAAUAUAACUGAAAUUAUUGACAACCAGACAUAUGGAGGGAAUAUGACGUCACCAGUUUCAUUCGUGCAGGAAAGUCAGUUAGAAUAUGCAACUUCAAUAAUAUCAGUUAUCGUUUUUAUUGUUGGCCUCAUUGGAAAUAUGUUAACACUUAAUAUAAUAUCCAAUACAAAAUUCCGGAACUUAUCAUCCCGAAAGUUUUUGGCUGCUUUGAGUGUGUCCAACUCACUUCUUCUACUAACACAAGUAUUCAACAGAAAAUACGUGAUACAGAUUUUCGGCUUCGAUGCACGAGCUAUCUCUACAACUGGAUGUAAGACAUUUUUUGUCAUGUUCAAGACAGCGAAAAUGACAUCCUCGUUGUUUGUGGUAUCGAUUUCUGUAGAGCGAUUUAUUGCUGUUUGGUUCCCGCUCAAAGUUAAAUUCGUUUGUGUUAACCAUGUUGUAUAUAUUGUUAUCGCUAUAGUCUACAUUUUGAUUGGAUCUUUUAAUUCUGUUUGGUCAUUUAGUUCCGGGGUCAUAGGGGGCAUUUGUCAUCCAGAUAUUGUGACAUCAUCAAUCGCACAACAACACAAGGUGUUACUCAUCAUUGGGUCCUUGCUUUAUUCUAUCAUCCCUUUGAUCAUUUUAAUCUUUGUCACUCCUUUCAUAAUGGCUAAACUCGUUAGCGGAAACAAACAACGUCGGAAAAUUUCGCAAACAACAUCAACAAGAAUAAUUAAUCGAAACAACACCCACGCGUCAAUAUUGGUCCUUUGCAUUUUGAUAUCAUACAUGCUUCUUGUUAUCCCUAUUACCAUAUUUCAUAAUGUGGCUUUUUUUAAAGGAGUACGAGCUUUUGGUGAGAACGAUGAAAGUUUCGAAACGUUUAAAUCUAUUGCGCAAAUGCUUGAGCAAAUAAAUUACGCCAUCAAUUUCUUCUUGUAUACCAUGGUGUCGGAAAAAUUUCGUCGUCAUCUGCUUGAAAUGUUUUGCUGUCAUAAAAUUCGAGCUAUGCGAGACUCAACGUUUCGAGGUUUAUCCAAACGCACUGUUGUGUAUACUAUUAGCGCCGAAUCUACCACCAAAUGAUUUGUUUGUCCAUCAGCGCUUUGUUGUGCAUAAACAAAAAUGCAUUAAAGAUGGCGCUGUUAGCUAGAUUGAAAGAUAUGUAUCAAUAAUUGAAACCAUAAGGCCGUUGACCAAAAUAACUAUGGCUAUCAAAUUAUGUAUUUGUGUAGUUAUCAUUUGUUUAUAAAAAUCAAAUAUUUUUCUUCUGUGGUCCUUUUGUUAACAAAAUGAAGACAUUCACGAAUCCUACAACCUGUGAAAUCUGACCGUUAAACUGAUUGUUCUGUGCAUGGAAAGGAAACUGGAAAACCUAGUUUUACGUACUAAUCUGUCUAUUUUGUGUAUCACGAUUUUAGUGAUGUAAUUAAACACUAUGUAAAUAAUUAGAUUUGUGCUAAGAGCAAUCUAACUAAUGAGGGAAAUAAUCCCCCGGGGUCCAACCCUGCAGGUCGGGGAUCGGGAAAAGAAUACACCUGCUGUAACCCACUGCAUGUGUCCGGAGGAGGCGACAAAUGUGUGAACCCCUGCAUAAUUAGGGAUUUGCUUUGGUGUCCUCUAUUUGAGGACACAAAAGCGACCAAAAUAUAUCUGCUGCGCCCAUUGCAAUAUU